AUGGAUCAAGUACCGAAUGGAAGGCAUAAGAGUUCUGUCAGUGCAAAAUAUGUUGUUAUUGAAUCAUCAGAUUCUGACUCUGAAGGUUUUGUGGAAGAGCUGACUCCUGUUCACUCCAAGUCGAAUGGGAAGGCUUCAUCAGAGAACCUAAAAACUGGUGGAAAGGCCUCACCCUUUUCUAAAGGAGAAGCUAGCAAAGGAAAGGCAUACAGUGCUGGCAAAGGUGGAAAGGGCUCUGCAUCAAAUGCAGUGCCUCCUAAGUCUGAUGCAGAACUAAAGCUUGAACUUGAUAUCCCGCCAAAUUUGAGAAUGCUAAUGAAUUGUGAAGCAGCUGAACUGUUGCAAGAAAUUCACGAGCAUAUGGCUAUCUUAUUAGAGGAUCCAAAGAUCAAAAUUCCUGAGUCAUUUGACAAAGCUUUCCAAUAUGCAAAAGAGGGAAAUCAUUUCACCAAUGCAAACUCUGUGAAACAAGCUGUGGAUCCUCUUAAAAAAUGCGGGGUUAAUGAUGGCGAGAUAUGCAUGAUAGCAAACAUUGGACCCGAGACUGUUGAAGAGGUUUAUGCACUAGUGCCAUCUCUCAAGGCCACUAGGUCACUUACCGAAGGUCCAAUCACUGAGGUUCUUGCUGCUCUCGCUAACAUAAAAGCAGACAAGUGA